CUGUUGCGAUGGUAUUCUUUUUCUUUGUAAUUUAGUUGUGAGAUUAUACAAAGUACCUGUAUCUAUACGAUGCACACUGUUAGUAAAACAUGUGAGCAGUGACUGAAAAACUACCUUCAUAUUUGUGCAAAUGUAUUUUCUUUUUAUAAUUAUCAUUAAAAAGGAGUAUCUGGGAAACUGAACGUCCUUAGUUGUCUAAGGAGUGUUCUAGCACUCCUUAGACAACUACAAAAAAUACACAUAAACUUCCUUAAAAAUUCUACAUUCUCAGAAGCAAUGCAGUACUGUUUAAUCAUGAACAAGGAUGUUCAUGAUUAAACAUGAACAGGGAUGCUCAUGUUGUCAUGUUUAUUUUGUCUAAGGUUUAAUCAUGAACAAGGAUGUUCAUAAUUAAACAUGAACAUCCUUGUUCAUGUUUAAUCAUGAACAUGUACCUUUCACAUCUUAACGGACACACCUCCACAAAGGGAUGAUUAAAUACUGCAGCAUCUCCUUCAAACUGGAAACUGCAUUGAUGAGAGCUUACCUGCCCUGUCGCCUCUGAGCAAAGAAAUGACUAACACAAAACUCUGGACAAGGUGGACUUUUUUUUUUUCUCUCAGCCUGGCUUGUUUGUUCCUUUCCUUUGCUUUUUGGGAAACCGCCAUUGAUAGAAGUUCGUCCUCUCAAUUUCAUAUCCCGGAUCAGUUUUUCGCUGACCUGCCUGCCUGUUUAGCCAUCAUCGCUGGAGCUGUAGAGGGUACCAAGGCUGAAAUAAAAGAGCUUCUAGCAUCCAGGAGAAGGAAAACAACUCUUUCUGAGGAUUUCUACAUUAAUGCAACAAAAGAUUGUGCAGCUUACAUUGAGAAUAGAGGUUUCAUUUCAGUGCCUUUAAGUGAGGAGGAACUAAAUUUUCCCAUUGCAUACUCCAUAGUGAUACACGAGAAGAUUGAGAUGUUUGAACGACUCUUACAAUCUAUUUAUGCUCCACAGAACAUCUACUGUGUCCAUAUUGACCUGAAGUCUUCCCUGUCUUUUCACAAGGCUGUGAAGAAAAUAGUUUCCUGCUUUCCCAAUGUUUUUGUAGCCAGUAAAUUAGAAAGUGUUGUGUAUGCUUCAUGGUCCAGAGUACAGGCAGAUCUGAACUGCAUGAAAGAUCUGCUGCACUCUGAAGUUCAGUGGAGAUACCUUUUGAAUACCUGUGGGACAGACUUUCCCAUUAAAACCAACAGGGAGAUGGUGAAGGCUCUGAAAGUCCUUAAUGGGAGGAACAGCUUGGAAACUGAAGCCACCAGUGCCUCCAAGAAAGCUCGCUGGCAGUACCAGCACAAUGUCACCAACAGGAUCAUCAGAACAGACGUGAGAAAAAGCCCGCCACCCAUCAGCAGCCCAAUGUUCUCAGGAAACGCCUACUUUGUGGUCUCAAGGGCCUUUGUGAAAUACCUGAUGCAGAACGGGAACGGAGAGAUUCAGAAAUUCAUGGAGUGGGAAAAAGACACAUACAGUCCAGACGAGCACAUGUGGGCCACCCUGCAGAGGAUGUCCUCUGUUCCUGGAUCAAUGCCCUCAAACGGCAAAUAUGACACGUCGGACAUGAUGGCUCUCGCCCGAGUUGUCAAGUGGUCUUAUUUAACAGGAGACGUGAACAAAGGAGCUCCGUACUAUCCAUGUACGGGGGCCUACAGGAGAGCGGUGUGUGUGUACGGCACCGGCGAUCUCCUGUGGCUUCUGAGACAGCAGCACCUAUUUGCAAAUAAGUUCGACCCAGAAGUUGAUGACAUUUCCAUCAGGUGUUUGGAGUCAGUUCUGCAUUUCAAAGCUUUGGGUUAUGACCCCCUGGGCUCUCUGCAAAAUCCAAAUCUCUUGUAGAAACUAAAAUGUAGUUUUUUUCUUUCCAAAUGGAGCAGGUAAUGUUUGAGAAGCUUCUUACCUUAUUGCAAUAGAACAUCUGACGGGUAUAAGCUGGUUUAAGAUUCUCACAAGGCAAUGACCCCCCGAGUAAACAUACAAGGUCGGUAUUAUCAGUGAAAUGUCAAAAAUAAAAAGUAUGUUACUUUUCUUUUUUACUGUUAAAAUAACACAUUUUAUUACAGUUGUAAUAUUAUCUGUAAUGUGUUUGACAUGCAAAUUUGUCUUUCGUGUAGGCAAAUAAAAUGCAAUUGCUUCCUGCUGCUAGCUUACUAGCAGCGAACAGGUGUACUUUGUUUUUCUUUAAUUAUUGUGUCAGAAUGGUAUUUUGUUUCUUAUACAAUGUUCUAAAUCUUUGAUUUCAAUAAAAUCUGUACUUUCUGUGGAUUUAAUUUGUGGUAAUAACUACAAGAAUCUCCAAAGUGGUAAACAUUUUUGGAAUACCACAACUAUGGAUGAAUAGUUUUUAUGAACAUUUUUUUCUUCUAAUAGUUACAUUUAAGUCCUACAUGAAUUAUAAAAAACGCCUUUAAUACAGUUUGCAAAGCUGAUUUAAUAAGCUAGCAUGUGAGCUGGGCACAAGAAGGUAACCACACCAUUGCCUUCUUACUUUAUAUAUUAAUCAUAAUUGGGGCUUGGACAGAUUGUUAGCAAGUUAAAACCUGUUUUUAGGAAAAACCCUAUUAUAAUCUUUAUGAGCUAAAUGUGGAUAAUGUAUGAUUAACACGGUCUCUGAUUGCUUCUUGACCACUUCAAGAAACUGGUUGAAUGUAAUAAGUUGACAGAAUAAGCAUUAAACAAGUGUACAUAUGCAAGACAUAACUGAAUAAAAUGUAACACCUUUUAUGACAAAUGUACUUCUCGAUUUUCCACAAACCCGGUAUACACGGAUAUUUAAUCUAAUUUGUUUCAGAUUCUCUUUCCAACAACCAGAAGCACAUCCCAGUGAGGGGCAACAAAAUUAAACUUUAUUUUCCCCAGGUGAAAUUUUAACAGAACAUCAGCAAUGAACAGUGGAAAAGGUGCUGCCAACACUUUACAUAAAAUGCCACUCUGUGAGUUUGACACCUAUAAAUUGCAGUUUAAAAAUCAGUUCAUAAAAAUAUAUUAAAUUUCUCUCCUUUAACACCUUGUAUAUAAAUAUAUAUUUCAAUGUAACAAAGCAGAACAUGCAGCAACCACUUGUAACAAAGUGUUAAAUAGUGAGGAUUUAACUAAGAAACCAAAGACAGGCUUGACUUAACAUACGGGACUAAAUAAAAGCAAAAUACAAUAUUUCGAACAGCAAAUGUGGGCAAAGUUAUAAGGGUUAGAUUGUUUGAUAAACA